GGCACCGGGGCACCCCCUUCCUUCGCGCACCUGCGGGCACCGCGGCGCCCAAGCGCCGCCCGGAAGCCGUGCCUUCGGCUCGCGGACGACUUUGCGUUUUUAACUUUUCUGCACUAUUUCAACUUUUUUACCGAGAGGAAUAUACUUAAAUCGACACAGAAGUCCUCAAAGUGCUCAGAAACAAGUAAAACAAGACAAAACCAAAAAGCAAACAACCAAAAAGCCCACUUGAAUCCUCAAUUUUCGUAAAAGGAGUUAUGCCUGAAAUGUUGGCUCGGAAGUGUCUUAAUUGUGAUCGAUGCUGUUAAAUGACAGUUUUUGGAGAAUACAUUUAUUUCCUGCUUUCCAUCUCCUGCCUGGUUGCCUUCUCUUAAUAGGAACGUACCAGGGCUCUCGGAUUGAAUGAUGCUCCUUCGGGAACUAAAACGGACAGAGUCGCAUUCUGUUUGAGUCUUUGGGAAGGAAUCCGAGUGUAUUCCUGACGGCCAGGGCCAGGGUCCAGUGAGCUGUCUGAUGGUCAGCACGGUUACAGGCGCUGACUUUAUGGGGCGCAGCAUUUGCUAGGCCUCGAUCUAAGGCCACCGAGUGUGCAGCUUCUUGAACCCUUGCCUGAGCCCAGCCCGGCGGGCUCCGCGUGGGGCUCUAGGACCCAAGCAGCUGGUAGAGAGCCCCUCGGACGCUUGAAGGGCGGGCCCCGCGAGCGCCCGUCCAGCCACCGCGCGACCAGCGCACCUUCUUGUCCAGGGUUGUCUUUUAUGUAGCAAGAGAACCACGGUAUAGAACAGAAUUUCAUUCGUCUUCUAAAUCUACAUUUCCUUGAUUGUUUUCUAAAAGGUAUUUUUGUAAGGGUUACAGUCCUCAAGCCUUCAGCUACUGUGAGUCCGUCCGUUUCCUGACCUUUGACACAUCACUCCUUUCGAGUGGAGCGGUGCAGCUUGUGACAUUACUGUCUCCACGGACAGUGUCAUCAAAACAUGUUGAAGCCUCCCUGUUGGGUGGGGUGUGUGCUCUCUGCUGCUGUGUAGACCGACGAGUCUUAAUAGGGCUUAGUUUUGCCAAAUGUUUGCAAUGUAAGAAAGAAGUGAACAGGGUUGGUAACGUGUCCUUAGUCCGAACGCCCUUCUGUAUGGGAGCGGAAGUCUGUGAGAGAGCCCCGGGGCACAGUCCGACCCACCAGCUGUCCGCUGAGUCGGGCACUGCCGGACCGCCUGGUUUUCCCAGCUGAGGCAGAGGGUUGGCUGUAGUUUUAGGGUUGAAGCAGUUUCACGUAUUUGUUUACAGUGCAGGGCGAUUUAACUUCAGUCGGUAAGAAGGCAAAGGUAGGUUUAGAUUUACAGGUUAAUUGAGAAUUUUCUUAUUUUGGUUGUAUUGCAGAUCACUUUUUAGUUUUUUUCCAGGUUUUGCCAAGCCAGAUUCUUGGCCCUUUAUAAUGACAGUAGAAAAGCUAACAUUUGUAUGACCGGUUGUCCUUAAAAGCUUUUAAGUUGAGCCUCUUAGCAGGUCUGGGAUGAGACGUAAUCAUGUUUUCUUUAUUUUUACCUGUUUUUUUACUUUUUAACGUAUAGGAUGAUAAUGAAGAUAAUUCAAACGAUGGGACCCAGCCGUCCAAGAGGAGGCGAAUGGGCUCCGGAGACAGCUCGCGGAGCUGUGAGACUCCAAGCCAGGACCUCGGCUUUAGCUACUACCCAGCAGAGAACCUGAUAGAGUACAAAUGGCCGCCUGAUGAGACGGGGGAGUACUACAUGCUUCAGGAGCAAGUCAGCGAGUAUUUGGGUGUGACCUCCUUUAAGCGGAAGUACCCAGAUUUAGAGCGACGAGAUUUGUCUCACAAAGAGAAGCUCUACCUGAGGGAGCUGAACGUCAUCACGGAGACCCAGUGCACGCUCGGUCUAACAGCGUUGCGCAGUGAUGAAGUGAUUGAUUUAAUGAUAAAAGAAUAUCCAGCCAAACAUGCUGAAUAUUCUGUUAUUUUACAAGAAAAAGAGCGUCAGCGAAUUACGGACCAUUAUAAGGAGUAUUCUCAAAUGCAACAGCAGAAUACUCAGAAGGUCGAAGCCAGCAAAGUGCCCGAGUACAUUAAGAAAGCUGCUAAAAAAGCAGCUGAAUUUAACAGCAACCUGAACCGGGAGCGCAUGGAGGAGAGACGGGCAUAUUUCGACUUGCAGACGCACGUCAUCCAGGUGCCUCAAGGGAAGUACAAGGUGUUACCGACAGAGCGAACCAAGGUCAGUUCUUACCCAGUGGCCCUCAUCCCGGGACAGUUCCAGGAAUAUUACAAAAGGUACUCGGCGGACGAGCUGCGGUACCUGCCGUUGAACACGGCCCUCUACGAGCCCCCGCUGGACCCCGAGCUCCCGGCCCUGGAUAGCGACGGCGACUCGGACGACGCCGAGGACGGGCGAGGAGACGAGAAGCGGAAACAGAGAGGCACCUCGGACAGCUCGUCCGGCAACGUGUCCGAAGGGGAAGGCCUUCCCGACGGCCAGGAGGAGCCUCUCCCAGGAAGACCGAGAUCCAAGGACAAAGCUGCUACUCCAAGAAAAGAUGCUUCCAAACGUUCUGUACUGUCCAAGUCAGUCCCUGGGUACAAGCCAAAGGUCAUUCCCAAUGCUCUGUGUGGAAUUUGUCUGAAGGGUAAGGAGUCCAACAAGAGAGGGAAGGCUGAAUCACUUAUACACUGCUCCCAGUGUGAGAACAGCGGCCAUCCUUCUUGCCUGGAUAUGACCAUGGAGCUUGUUUCUAUGAUUAAGACCUACCCAUGGCAAUGCAUGGAGUGUAAAACUUGCAUUAUAUGUGGACAACCCCACCAUGAAGAAGAAAUGAUGUUCUGUGAUGUGUGUGACAGAGGUUAUCAUACUUUUUGUGUGGGCCUUGGUGCUAUUCCAUCAGGUCGCUGGAUUUGUGACUGUUGUCAGCGCGCCCCCCCAACACCCAGGAAGGUGGGCAGAAGGGGGAAAAACAGCAAAGAGGGAUAAAAUAGUUUUUAAUCCCAAUAUUGUAAUAUGGAUUUAAAUGAAAUACUUGGUGCCAAUUUAUUUACAUUUUCCAUUUUAUGCCAAUAAAAGAUUUCUGAAAUUAA